AUGAGUGAUGUGGCAGAGCGGAAGCGGUGGGAGCUGCUGAAAAGCCAGGGCCACAAGGUCAACCCGUGCAACAGCACGCUGCAUCCUGCAGUGGAGGCGGGCAUGCAGCCCGAUGGCGCAGAGCUUUCAGCUGUCCAGGAGGCGUACACGCCCCAGAGCACUUGCUGGGGCUGCGGGCCCUCCGCGGACGGCGGCCUAGGGCUCCGCAGCUACCGGAUAAAGAACGGCCUGGAGGCGCGCAUUGUCAUACCCCCGCACUACACGGCCUUCCCCGGCAUUGUCAGCGGCGGCGUGCUAUCUACUAUAAUGGACUGCCACGGGAAUUGGACAGCCGCCAUAGCUCUCAUGGACCGCGGCGGCCUGUCGCAGCCGCCGCUGACGCUGACGGCCUCCAUCCUGGUGUCCUACAAGGAGCCUGCGCCCCCGGGCGUGCCGCUGGUGGUGCGCAGCAGCGUGGUGGAGAUAAAGGAGGGCAGCCAGCCGGGGAUAGGCAAGUCUUCUGUUGAGGUGGACGUCUCCAUACUGCAGGCCGCCCCCGAGGGCGGCGGUGCGGAGCGGUUGCUAGUCAGCUCGACAGGGAUCUUCAAGAAGCUCGGGGCGCUGCGCGCUCUAUGA